UGUGUUUCUGUUUGAAGUUCUGGAGUUGCUCUUGCUCUUGCCAUGAAACAGGCUGGAGUUGUUAAGUUAUUUAAUUUUGGUUCAAACUUGAUACAGUGUGAUGUGUUGGUGUUGCCUGUCAUCUUUCACAUAGCUGUCUCUCAUAUAUGUUUAACCCUGUCAUCAAUAAAGAAUCGAGCAGCAUACAUUUAACAACAUUGGAAGGUUAGGUUUUCUUGUAAAUAAUUUCAAAAUGAGCCUACCUGAAGACGAAAGUUCUCAAGAAGAUAUGUCUUGUGACGCGCUUGAGUUGAUGGAUCUACCAGAGCCUGUUCUUCUUCACAUAUUCCGUUACUUGGGUCAUGAUUUUUUGCGCCAUGUGGUAUCAAGAGUAAGCAAGGACUGUAAAAGACUAGCUCACUCUCAAGUCUUAUGGUCGAAGGCUUUUCUUAGUAUUGAUAGCAGUGAUUGUUGGGAUUCAUCGCCUGUCAAUGACUUUAUCAGGCAUAUUCUUGUCACUCCGUAUCUUCAUCAUCUGUCAGUUUCACUGAGAAAUUGCGAAGAGGACAUGCACGUUUCUCUACUGGCUGCCUUAGUGUCCACACGCUGCAGGCUCUAUAGGCUCAGCCUGUCAGUGGAUGACUACGGACCAGAAAUAAUGCUGUUCCUGCAGCAACAUCCUGAAUUAAGAGAGAUUCAACUCUGUGAUAAUGCUACUGAUAAUGAUUAUUCUGCUGGUGUUGCUGCGACCAUACGCCGUUUGUCUCACCUCACCUCCUUGGAAAUAAGCCAGUCAGGAUUACUACGCAUUCCAGAGACAGGUCUGCUGUUGGCAUCGUCAACUGUAGCUAGAGAGGAUCAUGAACUGAAUCCAGCUGACACAGCCACUUACAUACCAGCAGGCUCUGAACCUCAUCCUCGGGAUCCAAAGACAUCUUUGGACCUUCGAAACGUUGACUACAAUGACUGUGAGAUGUUCAGACAAAACCAGCCACAGGGUCUGCUGCACGUUGAGUUCAUGCCCCUCGGAGUUCCUCUUGACAUCAAGUCCUCAAGUACAUGGGCGUCGGCAGGAAAAAACCUGUCAGCUCUCCUACGGGCUCACAAGGACACAUUGACGACGGCCAAAGUGUCUUUUCCUUGCCCAGAUGUGUUUGAAGCAUUAGCAGAAUGCUCAAAACUCGAGGAGCUGUCGGUGUUCAGCGACCCCACCGGCUCGGCCCUCUGCGCCAUGCUGCAGAAGAGCGCGACUCUGCGGCGCCUCCACCUCGAGGUGCCCGUCUCCCUGGGGGCGCCGGGGCUGUCGACGGUGCUGCGGACUCUGUGCCUGCACGCGCCGCAGCUGGAGAGCCUCUCGCUGUCCAGGUGGUGGCGCAGCGAGCAGGCCCUGGCGGCGUCCCAGAGCCUGUUCCCCGGCUUCAAGCCGCUGCAGGCCAUGCUCGCCAACAGGGACGGCCGCUAUUCGCUCCGCGAACUGCUCCUCAGCCACGUGGGCCCCGUCGGCCGCGCCGAGUUCCUGGAGCUGGCCUCGAUGGUGACGGCGGCCGGCGCCAGGCCGUCGCUGCGCAAGCUGCACGUCCAGGACUGCCCCUGCAGCGCCGACCGCGGCUGGGACGAGUGCCGCGACCGCGCCGAGGACGCCCUGAGGGCCGCCAUGCCCUCGCUGGAGUACACGGCCGAGUGCAUCAUCGGCUUCGACGACCGCUACGACAUCGGCUUCAUGCCCGUGUACUCGUGCGACUGCGAGCGGAGGUGCCCCAGGGGCCACAGGCAAGGCCGGGGCCGCAUGGGCCCGGGAGCGCACCCUUAGUUACGUCGGAAAAUGAUUUAAAAUUCGAAUUAAAAAUUUGAUUGUUUUGUUAAUUAGAUCUCAUGUUGAAAGUACUGAACUUUGCAUUUAUGAUGAAUUAUAAUCGUUAAACAUA